CAUAACAAACUGUAUGACAACAGAAAUGUCAGUGUAAUAGACAUAAAUCGCAUACCGUCCCAUAUAAACACCGUCACUCCAGAGAUCCUCGUCGGCCAAAUAUGGCUACAAGAGGAUGAACCCACAGCUGUAGAAAUAAUAGAAUUAAAUAGUUCUGAUGAAUACGAGCCGUCGCCGGAUGAAGGGCCCAAUCAAAAUCUGGAUCACGCCUGGAGCUACAUGAACAACGAGAGGCUUCAGCAAAUAGAAGACAACUAUAAGAUAAACAGUAAGGCUAGAGAAAGGUGGCGCAAAAAUCAUGAGAACCGAUUCCAUUCUACAAACACAGCUACCGACACAGAUAAUCAUUUAAUCAAUCAAUUAUAUUCAGACGUCGCAGGAAAUCAUGUGGAGGAUAACGAUCUGAUCAAUCGCCAAAUUAACUGUUUCACCAUUAUCAAUAAACAUUUCGUUAAUUCUGACACAUCAUCAGAGGAAGAGUUCGCAGACGUCGAAAUUAUAACUUCCAACGAUAUUAUAAUGGAACCUAAUAAUAAAGAGGUAAUGACCGAUUUAGAUAAAGAGACUCGAACUAUUUGGAUUUAUUCAUUUAAAAAUAAACAUUUACUAUCAGAAGAUGAUUAUGAACUCACCAACAUAGGAGGCAGAGAACUCUGUAGUUCUACAUCCAGUUCCAUAGAAACAGAUGAAGAACUCACUAAAGAUAAAAGCACUAAUGUUCGCCGAAUAGGAUCACCCAUUCCCCCCGCUUACAUACCUCGGCUCAACUUAGCUCCGACGCUAUCCACCGUUACAGAAGUAUCUGAACCCAUCAUGAAACAAGCAUCUUCGAAUGGAUCAAAUAAGUCAUCGAAGUUUCAAAAACCCAAAAAUGGAUGGUUUUUAAACGAAAGUGACAAAUUAGAUAGUGGAAGGUCAGUUAGUAAACGUGAGAGAGCACUAACAUCGUCAAUUGGAUGGCGCUAUCGCCACGCGAGAGACGCCGAAGACCAAAAAAACGAAGAAGACAGAUGGGAAGACACAGUCCUGAAUUUAGAAUCUCCCAAAUUGGUGAACGUAUCAGCUGAGGAAAACAAAAGGCUGAUGAAUCACCACAAGACAAACCUUUUAGGUUACAAGUCGAUGUGGAUGUCCAUGUAA